AUGACACCUAAGCGGAUUCCAUAUGAGGCCGUGAUCUGUAGUGUUGAAGAGGCGAUAUCACGUAACAAGGUUCCGUCUAGGGAUGCGGAGGUACUUAGACAGGAUGUUGCGGUUAUUUUGCGGAAGGCGACAUUACCCAAGAGUAACGUGACUACGGAAGAACGUUUAGCUCUGAAGAACCUGAGAGCGAAUGAGAAUAUCCUGGUUCUAAAGGCGGAUAAAGGGAACGCCACGGUGGUCAUGGACUCGACAGAUUACGACGACAAAAUUCGGCUUUUACUGAAUGAUACGAAUGUGUAUAAGCCCGUUUCAUAUGACCCUACUGCCAGAGUUACGCGCCGGAUAAGGGCUGUCAUUAGGGACUACAGGGAGUUGUUCCAGGAUGAUGUCUUUGACCGUUUACACAGGCCUAGAAUAGUGCAAUCGCCGAAAUUGUAUGGGCUGCCGAAGGUACACAAAGCUAACGUGCCCUUGCGACCAAUCGUAAGUCAAAUCGCCUCACCUACUUACGACCUGGCAAAGCAUGUAGCAUCGGUGUUGCAGCCGCUUGUGGGUAAAACGUCGUCCUUUGUGAAAGAUUCUCGUCACUUUGUGGACAUUCUGAAGGAUGUUAAGCUGGAACCAGAUGACAUAAUGGUGAGUUUUGAUGUCGAGUCGCUUUUCACCAAUGUUCCAGUUAAGGAAUGUCUUGAGGUAGUUAGGACAAGGCUAGCUGACAAUGAGAUACUGGAGUCGGUCAUGGUGUUAUUGCGAAACUGUCUAGAAGGGAGCUACUUUUUAUAUCGACAAAAGCAUUAUCUCCAGAUUGACGGAGUUGCUAUGGGCAGCCCGGUGGCGCCGGUUUUAGCAAAUAUCUGGAUGGAGCAUUUUGAGGCAAACAUAGACCUGCAACCAUGGGCAGUGAAGUUAUGGAAGCGGUAUGUCGAUGAUGUCUUUUGUAUCAUGAAGGGUGGCAAGCAAGAAGUUGAGCAAUUACUCCAGUAUCUCAAUUCCAUUCAUCAGAAGGUGAAAUUUACGUAUGAAUUGGAAUCAGAUCGAAGUUUGCCUUUUCUGGACAUAAAAGUGAUAGGUCGGAUGGAUGGAUGGAGUGGGUAUUUCACAGCCCGAGACGUAACACUGCUAUCUAGCGAAUUAUUCAAUUUAAAAUAG